AUGACGUCAAUCGGCACGGGAUACGAUCUCUCCAACUCGGUCUUUUCGCCAGAUGGCCGGAAUUUCCAGGUUGAGUACGCUGUCAAGGCUGUCGAGAACGGAGGAACAGCUAUCGGCAUCCGAUGCAAGGACGGUGUGGUGCUGGCAGUGGAAAAGAUCAUCACUAGCAAGCUCCUCAAGCCCGGCGCCAACAAGAGAAUCGCGACGGUUGAUCGUCAUGUCGGCAUUGUAUCGGCGGGCCUCGUUCCCGAUGGUCGUCAUUUUGUUUCCAGAGCCAGAGAUGAAGCAUCCUCAUGGAGAGGUGUAUACAAGGGCCCCAUACCGACCUCCGCGCUCGCAAAUCGCCUCGGUGGCUAUGUACAAGCGUACACACUUUACUCCAGCGUACGACCAUUUGGCGUGACCUCCAUCGUCGGAGGAUGGGAUAGCGAAGCGGACCUGGCUGUCGAUGGCCAGGUAGGCACAGGGCCGAAGUCCGGCUCCGGUGGAAAAGUCGAAGGAGCCCAGGCUGGAGGACCGGGGCUAUACAUGAUCGAGCCUAGUGGACUUUACUGGGGCUAUUACGGUGCUGCCACCGGCAAGGGACGCCAGGCUGCAAAGGCGGAGCUGGAAAAGCUGGACCUGACCUCAGGCAAUCUGUCUUUGGCAGAUGGUGUGAAGGAAGCAGCUCGCAUCAUCUACGUUGCCCACGAAGAUAGCAAGGACAAGGAGUUUGAGUUGGAAAUGUCAUGGAUCAGCUCGAUCGACGGUCCGACCAAGGGCCGUCACGAGGAGGUACCAAAGGACAUUCGGGAAGAGGCUGAGAAGUUUGCGCGACGGGCUCUGGAGGGCGAAGAUGAGGAUGAGGAGGAUAAGGGCCCCGGAGAGCAGAUGGAAGAAUGA